ACACACACCAGUGCGCUGAACUGUGUCAACCGGUAAACACACGUCUCAUCAAAUUAAUAUAUGUAGGUAAUACUACGUAUACGUAGCCAGUUUAAUUGCACAAAGCUAGUUGAGUGGAGAUUCAUUUUUAAAAAUGGAAAACUUGAACCAAUCGUUCAAAGAUUUACUUGACAAAAUAGCCAAGGAACAGAAGUUUUUAGACUACAAAUUGGACAUCAAGGAAAUAUCGAGUGGAGGAGCAAACUACACAUCCAAGUUGUUUGCAGUUAGCAUCACGGAAGGUUCCAACACACUGCGGCUGUUCUGCAAAGUCGCGGCCAUUGGCGAGAAGAUGCGAGCUCAACUGGACAAAAUCUACACAACAGAACAUUUCUUCUACACAAAACUUGGAAAAAUUUACAAAAACAUAGAAGACCAGUGUGGAAUACCGGACCAACUUAAGUUAAAUGUGAGCAAGUACUACGGAAGCAUUACUGAGCUGAACGAAGAAGCGAUGGUGCUGCAGGACCUGGUGGCGGCCGGGUACGAGGCAUACGACAGGUUCAAGUCGAUAGACUGGCCGUACGCGCAGGCGGCGACGCGGGAACUGGCCAAGUUGCACGCAUGCGCCUGGGCAUACGGUAAACAGGACCCCGAAGGGUUUGACGAAAUUCUGAAAAAGUUGACGUUUGAUAUCAGUAUGGACGGACCUGAAAUGAAGGUUUAUAUGACCAACAUGGUAGAAAAAGCAAUUGCAACGGUUCGAGAAGAAAACAAAGAAAUGUUUACGAAAUAUUUCGAAAGCUUCAACGAGGAGGAAUACACAGCCACCCAUAAAAGAAGCCGACGACUGGUGCUGAACCACGGAGACUUCAGACCCAGUAACUUGAUGCACAAGUACCUUGAUGAUGGCUCCGUAGACAUCAAGGUGGUGGACCUCCAGACGCUGCAGGGCGGCAGUCCAGUCAGCGAUCUGAUCUACUUCAUCUUCUCGGGAUCAGAUGAGAAGUUCCGCGCGCAGUACUUCGACAAGCUGCUGGACCACUACUAUACAGAACUCAGUGCUGCCAUGAAGAGGCUGCAGCUCAACCCUGACGAGAUCUUCUCCAGAGAAGACUUCGACUAUGAAAUAAAUGAGAAACUGCCAUUCGGUCUCACUCUGGCCACGUUCAUAAUACCUGUCGUCACGGUGGAGAUGGAGAACGCCCCCCAGGUGGACGAGUCCCUCGACAUCUCCAAGUUUAACUUAGAGAAGACCAGCGACCUGUACGCGGAGAGACUGAACGGAGUCGUCAACGACUACGUCAAGUGGGGGAUUCUCAAAUAAUUCCAACACAUGGCCUGAAUAAGAACUUUAUUAUCACAUGCCGUAGGGACCAAUUUUGUGAUUUAGUUACUUACCAAAUAUACAUACCUAAGAAUUUUCAAUUAUCAUUACCUAAGAAUAUCACAAACCCCUAGUCAUAUUAUAGCAUAAUUGUUAGAUAUAGAAGCCUCUUGUGGGACUCGUACUGUUUAAAAUCAUGAUGUUGUUAAAUAAUUUUACCAAACAAAAUUGUGAUUGUAUAGAAAAAAGUAAUGUUUAGUUAACUUAAAUUAAAUUAAUUAUUUUAUGUUACGUUAAUUUCCAAUACUAAAUAAUAUAUUUUACUGGGACAUUUAUGAAGAUUUUGUUCUUCAAAAACUUUGUUGUUGUUGUAGUGUUGUCCUAAUGUCACUUGAUAUUUAUUUAACAAAUAAGCUGUACAGGGUUUCUUACGAAUAAAACUAGUUUAUGCAAAA